GUCAAUAUGUUUCGAGUGCAUUGCAACAAGUGCUUCCGUCAUCGCAAAACUGAUCCGGCCGUGCCCUUCCACUUGACCCAGUGCCGGCACGUGAUCUGCGGGCCCUGUUUGGGCCAAUCCUCGCUAGAAAAGAACUGCCCGCUGUGCGGCCGCGUGCUCAAAGCGAUCCAGAUCAACCGGGACAUGCCAACUAGCGUGGCCAACUACUUCGAGGAUCCCCUGAGAUUCCAGCAGAUCUACCGCAAGAUCUCCAAGUUCCAGGCGGACCAGCGGGCAUCGGACAACCUGGGUUUCUACCGCCAGUUGCAGCAGCUGGAGCAGAACAAGCGCCAGCUGGAGGGCUUUUGCAAGAUGGAGGCGCAGCUGAACCAGAAGGUCGAGGAGGAAAAGAGGCGAAUCGCCGAACUACGCACCUACAUCGCUUACCACGAGAAUGCGCAGAGGAUGACGAGGCGCCGGCGCAGUGCAGGUGAGAAAUUCCAUACGCCGGAGUUCCAGGAGGCCUGGAACACCUCUGUCAGCACUUCGGACAAAUCGCAGUCGGAUAUGCCUUUUGAUAGCUUCCGCCGGGCCGCGGACUUGGAAACCCCGUCAACGCGGAGAAGAUCCUUUGGCGGCGACACUAAAGGCUUUCAUCUUUAGUCACUCCAAUUACUUGUCUAAUCUCUUAUAGGAAUUCUAAGACUAUAAUACUUGU